ACAUCUUUAGAGGCAGGGUCGCAAAGCCCGGACGCAAGCUCUCGUUCGUUUGGGCGCGAAGUUGCACAACGCCCUCGUGGCCGCUUGACACCAUCGUGACAUAUUUAGCUUACACGUGAGGCAGUUGGUACAUUCGCGGCUUGCGCAGCAUGUAGUUUGACCUCCACGCUUGACCGUUGGCGAGACCCGAGACGCGGGACCUUGCCGUGCCUGCCCUCGCGGCGCUGCCUCUGCGCUACCGGGGCCUGACAACGGCUACCGCGCCUUGAGCUCGCGCCCAGCACAGCUAGAAUCACCAACAGAGACAUGGCGGUGGAGAUGCAGGAGGGCUCUGUGGACCUAACACUCAAGAUUCUAUUACUGGGCGACAGCGGAGUGGGCAAGACGUGCCUGCUGACACGCUUCGCACAUGACUCAUUCGAUGACAAGGUUGCAUCUACAAUUGGCGUUGACUUUGCGGUCAAACGAAUGAGCGUGUACGACAAGCGCGUGAAGCUGACGGUGUGGGACACCGCCGGGCAGGAGAAGUUCCGGACCCUGACCAGCACAUUCUACCGCGGCGCCAAGGGCAUCAUUCUGGUGUACGACGUCUCUCGGCCCGACACGCUUCGGCACCUGGAGGAGCAGUGGAUGCGGGAGCUGGAGAUGUACGGCACGGAGUCGGACGCAGUGCGCAUGGUCGUGGCAAACAAAGUGGACGUGGGCGAGGCGCGGCGUGUGAGCUGGCACGAGGGCAGCGACUUCGCCCGGCGCCAUGGCUGCCUGUUCGUGGAGACCAGCGCCAAGACCAAUGUGGCGGUGGCCAACGCCUUCGAGGAGCUGGUGCUCAAGAUCCUGGAGACGCCCUCGCUGCUCGAGGACGUGGGCGGCGCCGGCGCCGGCACUGUGCGCCUGGACGCCCCGGCCGCCUAUAACGUGUACAACUACUGCUACUGCUAGCACCGGCGGAUGAUGCCCCUGCUACUGCUACUGCUGCGGCUGCUACUACUUCCGGUGACAACACCCGCGGCAGUGCCGGCAGCUACUGGCUAUGGCAAGUGACAGCUGUUGGCUGGCAGGGGCUCCACCACAGCAGCAGCAGCAGGGGGGGCCAAUGCAGUCUGCCCGAGGAGCUAGUGUGCGUCCUGGGCUCAGGCCAGCCUGCGGAGACGAUGGGGUUCUAGGGAGAGGCGAUGGUGGGUGUGAAUUGGUGCGUGGGGGGAGGAGCGAGUCCAGUGGUUGCAUGGCCUGCAUUACACUGCCAGUUAGUAUAGCAUGCGCGUUUGAUGGGCAACACCGCGGGGCAGCAGUGCUGGCAUGGUCCAGGCAACGGCACCGCAGGCGUGGGAAUGACCAAGUGUCAGGUGGCGGGGUCACUGGCGACGGGUCAGGAUUCUGUAGGUUGAGCGUUUGGCUUGUAGUGUUUGCUGUGUGAUGGCCGUGUGGAUUGUGCCGAGUCGGCUGCAGCUGGAAACCGAAGAAAAGAAUGCCGUGAAAGGAGUCUCGAAGAUGACCUCGAAGAGGACAUGACAUUGCCUUGGGCUUGCUGGAUAGUGACGGGUGGCGUGUGAUCGCGCGUGAUUCCAUGAGACAGGACGCAGUGCCAGCGUGAGUUGUGUGAGCUAUAAUAUGCAUAUGUGCAGAGAGGCGUAGAGCUCGCAAAGGCGUGAGCGUCUGUGGGUAGCGGAGUACUAAGCGACUACUGAGGCCUGAGUAGGGUAGCGUGGAUGAGAGCGGGGAGUGCUGGCACGCGCCGCACGGCGCCCGCCACAAUGCAAGUUUCCAAGGGCCGUGCGAAGCGCAUUUCGCAGUAAUUCACAGGUACUGAGUGUAGGUAAGUGAGGCCGCACUGAACCUCGUGUAACAUGUGGAUGGGCACGCUGGCUGGAAUGGUGGGGAAGCUUGCAGGGAAGCUGGGGACCUUGGGGGAACUCCAUUGGCGGCCCACGCACUGUUGGCGAUCCGAGCACCUGUCACGUUCAGAACUAA